GAUCGCGUCAACAAUGGCAGCUCCCAGUAGGAAGCAAACGUUACGGUUUCUCAGCCAGUUUGGUGGAUUUAUCUUGACCCGGUUCGGAUUUUGGAACUGUUUUAGUAUGCUGAUGCUGUUUGCUGAACGAGCGGAUUCAAAAAGGAAGCCAGACAUCCAUGUGCCGUACCUGUAUGUGGACAUGGGCGCUGCAGUGCUCUGCGCCAGCUUCAUGUCUUUUGGGGUGAAGAGGAGGUGGUUUGCGCUGGCCGCUGCCAUCCAGCUGGCCGUCAGCACAUACGCAUCGUAUGUUGGAGAGCAGGUGUACUACGGCGACUGGCUUAAGGCUGUUUGA